CUCUCUCUCUCUCUCUCUCUCUCCCGCUUAAUCUCUCGCUCUCGCACACAUACUCUUGUCUAACCAUGCGUGCUACAUCCUCGAAAUAUCGCAGCCAAGAAAUGUUGCAGGAGCUGUUUGAAGAAAUCAACGACUACCUCGGAGACCGUACAACUCCUGUACCUGGAACUACUUCUCCACUAACACCACCGUGCCGACCGAGCAGUAAAACUGCCAUCGAACCAGCGAAUGUUCCUAUUCCUGCCGCUACAUCAAUUACAAAUAAUAAAUCUCUACAGCAGGAUGCUUCUCCACAACCAAUCCUAGUGGAGUCAGAUGAAAGUGAGGAAGAUGAAGAAAUGCAAUAUCACUCACAAAGCUUUGUGGCACCAUCCACUCAGGAACGAAGAAGUAUCACUCCGCAACAACAACAACAACAACAACAAUGCUUACUGUUAUGUCCUGUUAGCGAAGAAACACCGUCUGUGUGUAUGUGCUAUAAUUGCAAUAAAAGAAACCCCGAGGAAACCCACUUGGCGUUGUCGAAGAAGUUAUCACAUCCUCGUCAUCCUAAACGAUCAUGGACAUCUGCUGCCUCGAGCGGAUUUGGCUUUGGUGGUAUUGCAGAUAAAGUCAAACAAACAUUUGCAAACAGUAAAUCGGCAGCGGCUUACCAACAACCGCAGCAACAGAAACAAUACGACAAUUACUCUGGCUAUGAGCAACAACGUUUACCACAACAUCAGCAAGACAAACGAUCGUCCUCUCGAAACAGCAGUGGUCCUAAACGCUGGAUUCCUAGACCGAAAAGUUUGCCAGCAUUGUCUGCGUAUGUCCAAAAACAUCAACACUAUGACGACGACAGUCCAUAUGAUGAAUAUGAUGACGACAAUGAAUACCAUAGCAAAGAACAUCGCCGACGCUCCUGGAACUCGAAAAAGAACAAAAGCAAAACAUCCGUGCAAACCAGUGAUUAUGCUGACGUUGACGAUAGUGCAGGCUGUUACAAAGUGGAAGAAAAGUCGAUAUACGAUGGGAUUCCCGAAAAGUAUGAAACGUCCAGAAAAGAACACAGACCAAAGGCGGGUACUUAUUACAUGCACCGAGAAGAGCAUCAGCAACAGCAACAACAACAUGUGUAUGACUCUUAUAAUAGCGUUGGUUCGGUACCGUCAGAUCAACUUCCACCGUCGCAACAGCAAUAUCAACAGCACCAACAACCACUCCAGCAGUACUUUUCUGAACAGCAACAGCAACAACAGUUUUCACCCGAGUCAACGCAAGAGGCUUCUCCCAUAACAGAAACACAAUCGCCUUUACCUGGACUGACAGAGCUACCUUUCUUGACCCCAUCUACUCGGGUUGGUGAAGAACAUAUUACCAUGCGAAUGCAAGAAUCACGGGCUUUGCCUACUAGACAGGAGCGUAUGAAUGCAUAUAAUAAUGCAUAUUACCACUGUAUUAUGGCCAAGUCAGAUUUGAUUCCCUGGCUUACAAAGCAAUACAGCAAAGGACCACCUGAUGCAAUGUUUGAAUAUAACCCAAAACCAAAGAAAACGCCAAAAAAGCUCUUUAACAUCUUCAAACUGUGUAACACUGGCAACAAGGAUGGAUCAGGAGCAGUAGGGGCAUCCUCAUCUUCAAAUCAACUCCCAUGGCAGCCUUCCGUAUCACCAGCACAUCUGAUAUCGUCUCCAACAAGUGCAUCACCAGCAGAAUCAACGAGCUUGUACGCAUCCAGCAACAUUCAACAACCACAGCAGCCGCAACAUUCAGCAUGGCCAAACAGUUCGUCAUCGUUGCUACCACCACCACCACCGACACACACCAACAACUCUGAAACUUCUGCAUCACCUUCCUCGAAUGAUAUGUCAAUUAGUACACCCGUCAGCGCUAUAGAAGAUGACACAAGCUAUUACAAUAGCUAUGGUAAGAUGAGUUUACGAGGAGGAGAAACGCAGCGACAGCAUUCCCACGGAUACGAACACGAGGAGGAAGAUGAAGAGACGUUUAAACCAGUACUACCACGUCCACGAUCCAUGACGUCUCUUUCUCCCAGUGAGCCCCGACCUUCACGAUCGAGCCGAAUCAGCAUAACGAGUACUAAAAGCGAUAUCCAACCGGUACCUAUAUUAAAAAAGACACGCUCUUCGACAUCCCUUCAACCUCGACGCAGCCGAUACACAGACGACGAAGGAGAUUACGAUGGCGAUUAUAACGAUGGUGAAGAGUUCUAUGAUGAUUACGGAGCCAUUGGUAAACCCAAGUUUUUGGCAGCACCGUCUCCACACCAGCAACGACACCAGCGACAGCAAUAUAAUCGACGAGGUCAUGUAAAGCGCCGGUCGUUUUCACAAGUAGAGGAGCCGAUUUAUUUCAUGGAACGCCGUCGUCCUCGGCGUGGAUCAUUUUAUGACGAGGAUCGUCAAGAUCUGUAUGGUGACGACGACGACGACGAUCUUGUUGCUGGAGAAGAAGGUUAUAUCGACGAUGGAUAUCUAGAGCAUGAGCGGCUUGAGCGCAAACCAUCGCCGCGAAUGCUCAGAGCUGCUCGUUACGAUCAUCCAGCAUUUUUUGGAGGGAGUCGAUUAAAUCACUUGCGGGCAACAAGUCGAGGAACUGCUCCUCGUCCUCCUCCUCCACUGUGGAUGGUAGCACCAGAGGAAGAAAUUGAAUCCGAUGACGAUCCACUUCCGUCAAGACGAAGGCGUAGUAGCAGCAGCAAAAGACCCUCCCGCCCUUCAAGCAGGAAUAGUGUUGUUACCUACGACGAUUUGAUUCCCAUACCUCGAUCAAGUCCAGUAUACUAUUACUAAUAAUUGAAUACUCUUUUCUAUAUUUAAUUGAAGAUAAUAAAAUAUCGAUG